CUUCCACACCGUGGUUUUUCUUCUCGGUAUAAAAGCAAAGUUGUUUUUGAUAUGUGACAGUUUCCCACAAGCCAGGCUGAUCCUUUUCUGUCAGUCCACUUCAUCAAGCCUGCCCUCGGACAAGGACUCAAUGCCCAACCCCAGGCCAGCCAAGCCCUCGGCCCCUUCCUUGGUGCUUGGCCCAUCCCCGGGAGCCUCACCCAACUGGAGGGCUACACCCAAGACUUCAGAUCUGCUUGGGGCCAAGGGCCCAGGGGCAACUUUCCAGGGCCGGGACCUCCGAGGCGGGGCCCAUGCCUCCUCCUCCUCCUCUUUGAACCCCAUGCCACCAUCGCAGCUGCAGCUGCCCACAGUGCCCCUAGUCAUGGUGGCACCCUUUGGGGCACGGCUGGGCCCCUCACCCCACUUGCAAGCCCUCCUCCAGGACAGGCCACACUUCAUGCACCAGCUCUCAACGGUGGAUACCCACACUCGGACCCCUGUGCUGCAGGUUCGCCCACUGGACAGCCCAGCUACGAUCAGCCUGCCGCCACCUACUGCUGCCACCAGUGUCUUCUCCCUCAAGGCCCGGCCUGGCCUGCCACCUGGGAUCAACGUGGCCAGCCUGGAGUGGGUGUCCAGGGAGCCCGCACUGCUCUGCACCUUCCCAAGCCCCAGCACACCCAGGAAAGACAGUGCCCUCUCGACCAUGCCCCAGGGCUCCUACUCGCUGCUGGCAAAUGGUGUCUGCAAGUGGCCCGGAUGUGAGAAGGUCUUCGAGGAGCCAGAGGAUUUCUUCAAGCACUGCCAGGCGGACCAUCUCCUAGAUGAGAAGGGCAAGGCACAGUGUCUCCUCCAGAGGGAGGUGGUGCAGUCUCUGGAGCAGCAGCUGGUGCUGGAGAAGGAGAAGCUGGGGGCAAUGCAGGCCCACCUAGCUGGGAAGAUGGCCCUGACCAAAGCCCCAUCCACGGUGUCAUCAGACAAGGGCUCAUGCUGCAUCGUGGCCAGUGGCUCUCCCGUCACCACUGGCCCAGCGUGGCCCAGCCCCCAGGAGGCCCCUGAUGGCCUGUUCGCUGUGAGGAGGCACCUCUGGGGAAGCCAUGGAAACAGCACGUUCCCAGAAUUCUUCCACAACAUGGACUACUUCAAGUUCCACAACAUGCGGCCCCCCUUCACCUAUGCCACCCUCAUCCGCUGGGCCAUCCUGGAGGCUCCCGAGAAGCAGCGGACACUCAACGAGAUCUACCACUGGUUCACGCGCAUGUUUGCCUUCUUCAGAAACCACCCUGCCACCUGGAAGAACGCCAUCCGCCACAACCUAAGCCUGCACAAGUGCUUCGUGCGGGUGGAGAGUGAGAAAGGGGCCGUGUGGACCGUGGAUGAAUUCGAGUUCCGCAAGAAGAGGAGCCAGAGGCCCAGCAGGAGUGCUAACCCCACACCCGGCCCCUAACCUCAAAACCAAGGAAAGGAGGAAGGAUGGACAGGGGCUGAAAUAGGGGGUGGAAGUGGCCGGGGGUAGGGGUGAUGGGCGCUGGACAUGCCCACUGGGGCCAAGAAGUGAGGUGUGCACGGUCUUGCCUGCCAGGGACCCUGAGCCUCAGCAGACUACCCUUCUGGAGCAUCCGCCCUGCACCAAGGCUGCUCAGAGUGGCCCUGGCCCCUGCCCCCUGGCCCAGCUUCCCACAACAAGCUCUUUAGCCAAACUGAGCCUUCACACCAACUACACACACAGCCUGCCUUGGUCGCUCAGACAGGUGACCUUUGGGCUGGACCCACACACACACACACACACACAGGCCAUCCUGUCCCUUGGACACAGGACCAAGAACCUGCCUCAGUACUCUCGGAUAACAGCAACCUCUACAGCCUCACAGACCAUCGCACCUGAGCAUGGUCCUGUCAACCCACAACCCCUGAAGCACACACCCACGGCCAUCCCCCUGCCUGGCACACACGUGCAUGUGGUGUCACGUGGGGUGCACCCAGCACACCCCACCCCUGCCCUGCACAGAAGCAGCCUUGGUACCUUUAGGAUCUCAGGUCCCAAAGAGCCACACAAACACACCCCAGUCAUGCACAUUCUCAUGCAGCUCCCAAGACAUCAGCUCACUCACACAGGCCAAGAGAACACACAGGGACGUCACAAGUGCAUACACAUGCACUUGGCACCCCAGUGGGUCUCCGGGGUCCCAAGUGGGCUUUCACAGCCACACCCACGGAAUCGC